AUGGGCCUGCGCGGGAUCGUCCCGCUUUUGGAGGUCCUAAAACACAACGGGGACGCCCUGCGCACGCUGCGCCUGAGCCACAAUCGCCUGAAGAAUGUCGAAGUGAUGGACAUCGUCGACGUGCUCUUUAACACCCCGGCCGGGAAUGCCCUGACGGACCUGGAUCUCUCCUACAACCCGAUCUCCCACAUCAGUGGGCAGGCCAUACUGGAUUUGUGCAUCAAACGGCCCAACAUCACCACUAUCUGUUUGGAAGGGACGACGAUACCACGGCAAAUGAUCAAGACGAUUAACGACACUAUUGAAAAGUCAGUCAUGUAA